AUGAAAUUAAACGACCUAACUCAUGAAAUCUUGUCACAAUGUUUUUCCUAUUUGGAUACUAAAAGUCUUCUAAGAAUCAUUAAGAUUGAAAAUGUUUCUGAUCAUAUAUUGGAUAGUGCUCUAGAGCAUUUGAAUCAAUUAUGCUUUGCGGACCACGCUUGGGACUCUGAAGAUGGGGUACAUUACAAGUAUGAUUUGGAUGAGUUUCGAGAAAUUCACAAUGCCUUAUGUCAGAGAUCAAAAAUGAUUCCCUUAUGGUUCAAGUACUAUUGUUUGUCUGUAUUUACUAUGUAUCAAGCAAUCGAGCAAAUCAAAUCGUGUUAUAAGGGACAAAAGAAGUUAGGAUUAAGUUUUAAUUCUCGCUAUCUAGACAACCAGUGUUUUUCAAUAUUAUCUAAUGAUGUGAUAAUAACCAAUGUUACGCAUCUAACUUUCAAGUGUUUCUAUCAUGCUGACAUCAACUUGGAUAAGUUUAUACACUUGGUAUCAUUUCAUGGCGAAAAAAUUGAUUUAACUGUAAGGUAUGAUCAUGCUAACUUGACGAAUAUUAGGUUGAUUAAUGGUCGCAUCCAUUCUCUUCCGGUUGUUUUGACAGAAUUAAAUACUCUGCAUUGUGAGUUUUUGUUUGGCAAUUCACAGCCUCGUUUAUGCCACUUGAAAGUAUUGAUAUUAGAUGACUUUCGGAACGGUAUAGACUACAAUUUUCUAAGAUCAUUCCUCUGGAAUCAGGAUUUGGAAACCUUUUCCAUUAAAAAUCAACAGCAGACUGAAAUUGAUGUAUUUCGCAGCUUGGAGAGUCCGAAGUUGAAACAUGUAGGAUUUUCAGGAACAUUCACCGAUCCUUUGCCUCUCCUACUCAGAUCUAUUUAUUGUGGUGACGGUAAAUUGUGUGAGGAUAUGUCUGUAUUUUCCAGGUUGACCACUCUUGAACUACAAAGGCCAUGUAUCAACCUAGGCUCGUUUAUCUUGCCAUCUAGUUUACUACGACUCUCUAUUUCGUCUGCUGCAAAUUGUGGAGUAGAAAAAAUUCAACUUCCAUCUAGUUUGGUGGAACUCAAAUUAAAUAAAUGCGGUAUUACUACGAUCAAUUAUUUGCCUUCUAAUCUUAGAAGUUUAUCUCUCGAUGAAAAUGAGAUAAAAGAGUUUUCAUGUCUGCUUCCGAAUUGUAAAUACUUACGCUUGAGUGGGAAUGAACUCAAGAGUAUUCAUAUCGAGGCUCCCUUUCUCGAGCUAAUAAGCUUGGACGACAAUGAAUUAUCUUCUAUACCUGACCUUCCAGGAGAUCUUGAGACUUUGUUGAUGUCAGUUGAUAAUUUAGAUCUUACCGACUUGGGUCCCCUUCCUCGGAAGCUUAGAACAUUUACCUUGUCUGGCACAAAAGAAACCUUGAAAAAUUAUACUUUUCCAUCAUCCAUGGAAGACUUAGACCUUACAGGUUUAACUAAUAUGUCAGGUGUGACAUUUGCCAAAGAUUCCAAAUUAAAAAUGCUAGAUUUGAGUAGCGGUGCGUUGGGCACGAUUAAUGACGAUAAAAUUAGACUCCCGAAGGGUCUAGAGCAGCUUGACUUAUUUGGAAACAAUUUGGAAACUGUCAAGGAUUUAGAUAUACCUGAUUCAUUGAGAUAUUUGGAUUUAGGGGGUAAUAAAUUAAAGUUUUUUGAAAUCGGGUCUAAAUUACAGACUCUUAGUCUCAAAGAUAACCCUAUAGGCCCAGGUUUAGUUUUGCCUAUUAAUCUGGAUCUCCGGGUUCUUGAUUUAAUUAAUGUAAGCCUUGAAGAAUUUAGUUUUGAACUUAUUAAAGCAAAGAAACUUAUUCAGCUAAGUUUAGGACAAGAAGUUCGGAGUAUUGAUUUUUCGAGCAUGCCAGAAAGCUUUCAAGUGUUAAAAUACGAGGGUAUCUUAGAUCAUCCAGAGUUUAUAUUACAACCACGAAAAGAAGAUGGUAUAAAUACGUAUUGGAGGUUAAAGUGA